UUUCCUUUAUCGCCAGCUUCACUUCACCCAAAAACAAGGCAAAUAAAGCAGCUCCUCAUCUCAAAGGCCGAUAUGAAUGGGACACCGUUUUCUGCCCAUGCAGUCCACCGGUUUCCAACGAGCUCGAACACCUCCAGCAGCCCGUGGCAGGCGGAGGCCGUCCGGGGAGUCCAAAUGGCAGCUACUCUGCUCAUCUUCCUGGUGGGUGUUCCUCUGAAUGGGCUGGUGGUUUGGGCUCUCGGAGUGCAGCAUCGUCGCCACCUGGUGCGCAGAGGCAGCGGCGAGGAGACGCGUGCUGCCAGCAGCUGUAUUUAUGUCCUGAACCUGGCCCUGGCCGACCUGGUGCUGCUCCUGCGCACCCCCCUGAUGCUGGGCUACGUCGCUCACAACUACAGCUGGCCGUUCGGACGCGUCUUCUGCCACCUGGUCAUGUUUCUGCGAGGUCUGGGGUUGUACGCCUCCGCUUUCCUCCUCUGCGCCGUGGCCCUGGAGCGAUGCCUGUGCCUGCUGAGGCCCGUGUGGGCUCGACUGCGACGCCCCUACUGGGCCGUGCCGCUGGCCUGCGGCAUCCUGUGGCUGAUGGCCACCGUCCUGUCGGCCCCGUACCUCCACAGAGCCGUCCUGAAGGACAUCAACGGGACCUUGCAGUGCCUGGAGAGUGGGCAGUUUGACAUGGGGCUGUUCGUCACGGAAACAAUCGCGGGCUUUAUGUUGCCCCUGCUGGUGUUCUUGGGCAGUAACCUGGCUGUAUUGCUGACCAUUCGGCAUGCAGUGCCCCCAACACCCACCUCCACCUCCCCUUUCAUGGCCCGCAGGAUGACCAGGAUGUACCACGUCCUGUUUUUCACCAUGCUCCUCUUCCUCACCUGUUGGGUGCCGUACUUUGUUUGUCGAUUCCUGCGGGCCUUGGCCGACGGACGACCUGAACGGGCCACGCUGUACAAAGGAGCAGUUCAUGGCACGUACAUCUCUCUGUUCCUGGUGUACAUCAAGUGUGCUCUCAACCCGGUGCUCUAUGUGUUUGCUGCGCGAGGCUUAGGCCGCGACAUCAGAGCGUCAGUCGUCUCCACUAUUCAAAGACUUUUCAACGAUGACUCCUCAGAGUCCAUACGUAGGAAGUCACUUAAGAACUCGCUUAAAAACUCACCAAUGUAGUCGAGAGGUCAACUAUUUUUCAGUGUUCAUCAUUUUGGGAGUAGUUUGUGUUAAAAUCAUGAAGUCCUUUAAAUUAUUUGUAAUUGUUUCAUGUGAAAUGUCCUAAAUAUAAUUUUAACUGGUUUAUCCAUUUGCACAAUUUUCUUAUACUUCUCUAAAAAGUGUGCUGCGUAAAUAAAACAGGAAAAAGUUUGAUUCCAGACUCGGGUCAAUGCCUGGAGGCUGUAAUUUUUCAGAUAAAGAUAUCUUGUGUUUCAAGUGCAUAAUGAGGAAGACAGCCAAGAAGAUAUAUGGAGGCAGCUGUUAUCAGAGAAAGAACAUGACUGAAGACGCCAGAAAUGCUGCUUCUGUUGCGGCAUGCUGAAUGCAGGGUCAUGAUCGGGCAUAAAAGUGAAUUCAUAAAUCAUCUUGUCUGUCGUCAAUGGCAGGGUGGGACAUUUACAUAUUUUUUAGGGGGCAAAUAUUUACCCCCACUGACUGAAAUCCAGGGGUAUUUAAAAAGAAAGUGGGGCCCAUUUUUAAACUUGUGAAAUAACAUUUAACCUUUGUUCAAAAUCAUAAAUAUACUUAUUUAGGCUUUCAGUAUAUGAGCAAUUUUCAUCAAAUGGCAAUAAGAUUAUUAGGCAGUAUUCUACAGAUUCAAAGUGUUUUCUUAGAUUUUUUGAACAAAAAACAAACAGAAAACAUAAAUCAGACAACCAUCUUCAAUUUUAUUAUUCCUUUGUGGUUAUUUAUUGUUAUUACAUUUUUUUAAACAACUAUUAACAAUUAUAACUUAUUUCUUAGUUUUUUUAUAAUUCAAAAUGAUAUUUAUAGAUUUUGUGUGUGUACCUACCUAGUACAGACAAUACAGAUAGGACACACAAAACGAAGAAUAAAAACAAAAUGCUAUUAAAUUAUCUCUCCUAGUGAUAUCAGGGGCAAAAUAAUAUUUCUCUGGGGCAGUUUUGCCCUUUGCCUGUGUGUAUAUCCAGCGCUGGUCUCAUGGUAAACAACAAGCCCAAAGUGAAUACCGACUUGUUGGCCAAUGUCGGUCUCCUGGCUGCAGGGUAAUCUUUUUUUACAUGCACUCCUCCAAGGUGACGCACCGUUAAGCUCACAUGUACUUUCUUUACCCAAUCCAAGGAACGUGAUAAGGAGUUGUUAUCAACUGUGACUCCAUCAAUCUGCUGAACUCAUGCUCAAGAUGAGAGAAGUAGACAUGUCGCAGGACCAUUAUCUCAUUGUGAUUGUACCGCAUCUACAAUGUCCAACUGGAUUAUAAUGAAUGCAUAGAUAGCUUUAUCAUGGUUUGUUGUAUGUAAAGUCACACUGGUUCUGUAACACACAAUUAAUAAAACUGUAAUUGAUGAAAGCA